GCUAGAGAAACAUGAGCGCAUAUUGCACAGGUAUAGUCCUCUGGUAAUGUAUAAAUAGUAUGUGAAUUUAAUACCGUUCAGCAGCCGUGUCAUUUAAUGACAAGAGACUAUUACCACCUGACUGAACGCAGUUGAACAGUCCAUUCAGAAUGCCUGGGUCACUCCCUACGAUUUGCGAAGCCACAUGGCCUAAAGAUGUGGGAAUCAUUGCAAUGGAGGUGUACAUGCCCUCUCAGUAUGUGGACCAAUCAGAGCUGGAGGAGUUUGAUGGAGUGGGAGCUGGUAAAUACACCAUCGGGCUGGGGCAGGCACGAAUGGGCUUCUGCUCAGACCAUGAGGACAUUAACUCUCUGUGCCUGACGGUCGUGCAGAGGUUAAUGGAGAAAAAUGGCCUAUCGUACGACAGUGUGGGGAGACUGGAGGUGGGCACAGAGACCAUCAUUGAUAAGUCCAAGUCCGUGAAGACUGUGCUGAUGCAGCUGUUUGAGGAGUCUGGCAACACUGACGUGGAGGGAGUGGACACCACUAACGCAUGCUACGGAGGAACAGCUGCUCUCUUCAAUGCUGUUAACUGGGUGGAGUCCAGCUCUUGGGACGGUCGGUAUGCCCUGGUAGUUGCUGGUGAUAUUGCUGUGUAUGCCACGGGCAGCGCCAGGCCAACAGGAGGGGCUGGAGCUGUGGCCAUGUUAGUCGGACCAAACGCCCCUUUGGCCUUUGACAGAGGGCUUCGUGGGACACAUAUGCAGCAUGCAUAUGAUUUUUAUAAGCCAGAUAUGGUGUCAGAGUAUCCAGUGGUGGACGGCAAGCUCUCUAUCCAAUGUUACCUCAGCGCAUUAGAUCGAUGCUAUUCUGUCUACAGGAAUAAGAUCCAUACCCAGUGGCAGAGAGAGGGUUUCGACAGGUGUUUUAGUCUUGAAGACUUUGGCUUCAUGGUGUUCCACUCUCCUUACUGCAAACUGGUGCAGAAGUCUCUGGCUCGUCUAAUGCUCAAUGAUUUCCUCUCUCAUCCUUGUCCAAACACAGAGAGUGGCCCCUUUUGUGGACUGGAAGCUUUCAGGGAUGUAAAGGUUGAGGACACUUAUUUCGACCGAGAUGUGGAGAAGGCCUUUAUGAAAGCCAGCUCAGAACUGUUUGAGCAGAAAACACAGGCGUCUCUCCUCAUAUCAAAUCAGAAUGGCAACAUGUACACACCAUCAGUUUAUGGCUGCUUGGCAUCGGUGCUCGCACUACACACACCACAGCAGUUGGCAGGACAGAGAAUUGGUGUGUUUUCUUACGGCUCAGGCUUUGCUGCGACACUCUACUCCAUCAGUGUCACACAAGAUGCUACACCUGGCUCUGCAUUGGAUAAGCUGGUAUCCAGCCUUAGCGACCUGCAGGCCAGAUUGGACUCCAGAAAGAAGGUUUCACCUGCUGUAUUUGCUGAGAACAUGAAGCUCAGAGAAGAAACCCACCAUUUAGCAAACUACAUCCCGCAAGGCUCUGUUGAUGAGUUGUUCCCAGGAACAUGGUACCUCACUCGGGUGGAUGAAAAGCAUCGUAGGCAGUAUGCCAGACGCUCCGUGAAUGAUGACAGGCCUCUGGAGGCCGGACUGGUCAAUUCCAGCAUUGCAACUGAGCAUUUUCCCAGCCCUCUGAAAAAGAUGCCCCGUGUCCCUACUUCCACAUCUGGCCCUGAGGUUGUUGUCAUUAGUAACGGGGAUCAUUAAGUUGACCUCUAUGAGGUGCACAUAGUGACGGGUCACAAUGAGGACACAUGAUCUGUAAAAGAAACAAGCAAAAAAGGGCCCCAGAACUGUUGCUGCCUUUUGCUAAAAGGCAUAUCAAUGAAUUGUAUGAAACACAAAUGCAUUUUAAAUGUUCCAGAACUGGAUUUGUUUGACCAUCACUGUGUUUAAGAUGGCUGAGGGAGAUUUUGGAAAUUAAGUGUUGGUACAUGGAAAUUUUUCUCUGUUUGCUGCUCAGAUUUGUCUAUGCAGAUAUCCUAAAUUGUUUAACAGUUUCAAGUUCAAAAAUCUACCUGUCGACAUUUCACAAGCUCCACGUUUUCUUUUGUUAGCAUUAAGCGAAUCCAAACCUUUUAAAACAGACAUUUUAGAGGGGCCUGGGUAGCUCAGCGAGUAUUGAUGCUGACUACCACCUCUGGAGUCGCAAGUUCGAAUCCAGGGCGUGCUGAGUGACUCCAGCCAGGUCUCCUAAGUGACCAAAUUGGCCUGGUUGCUAGGGAGGGUAAAGUCACAUGGGAUAACCUCCUCGUGGUCACGAUUAAUGGUUUUCGCUCUCAAUAGGGCUCAUGGUAAGUGGUGCGUGGAUUGCGGAGAAUAGCAUGAGCCUCCACAUGCUGUGAGUCUCCGCAGUGUCAUGCACAGAAAGCCACGAGAAGUGGAGGCAACUGAGACUCGUCCUCCGCCACCCAGAUUGAGAUGAUUAAUUGUGCCACCAUGAGGACCUAGUAUGUACUGUAGUGGGAAUUGGGCAUGCCAAAUUGGAGAGAAAAGGGUAUUAAAAAAAAACAGACGUUUUAGGAUCAGUAAGUACAAGAGAAUAACACCGAUGCCUUAAAAGUACGUGCAUCCCUCACUGUUUUUUAAUUGAUCAAAAAGUCGCUGUUUUCACUCUUCUCACAUCUGUUUUAUUAUGACCUAAUCAGCUGUCAGAAUAGUUUUUUGCUAAAUCCUUUUAUUAUAAAACACAUUUUGUUGUCUUAUCAACAUGGCCAUGUCAGGGAAGUGUGCCUGGAUUGCAUAUUAAUGAGCCAUAAACUUUAUAAGUUUUAUAGGUUUUUAAUUAUACAGUAAUGAUUGUUUAGUUGUUACUAAACUGACUUGUAUAAGAAAACGAUUAGCACUUAUCUCUAGGGAAACAAGGAUGAUUCGAUUCUACUUAUGCUAGAAUGACAUGGUCUUCAUUUAAAGUAUAUAAACUUGAAGUAAUGAGUCUUUGAUUAUUGCUAAUGGAUAAUAACUUGUGUUAAUUUAGUGGAAAUACAUUAAAAACUAUUAAAUGAUGAGAUGAAUGUUUCCAUCAGUCACACUGGUAACAACUUUUGGACAACAGACAGUUUUAGUGAUUAAAGUGAGGUAGAGCACCAUCAGAUUGUCAUGUAAGCGGUUGGGAUUUCAGAAAAUCUGUUGAAAGGUUCACCCACAUUUUCUUAUUUAUUGUAGCAACUUAUUGAUUAACAGUUCAUUUCCAGCAUAGAAAUUGGUAAUACUACAAUAUUGUGAAACUUGGCGCCUCAUUCAUGUUAAAGGGCUUAAAGUUAAAGCAAGUGUCAGUUUGACUGCUAGAUGGUCAAAGCAUAUCCUCUAGAACCUCAGUCACAUCUACAGUGUGUCUAUGUUGAUAUCUGGAAAAAAAUAAAGUGCUUCUGGUUUAACUGCAAAUCCAUGAACUUUAAGAAGCUUUAUUGUAUGCGUGUACAAAACACAAAGGGUUUAUUCUAAAAGCUAUGUUUAUAUAUUUUUCUUGUCAUCAUGCUGCCGGGACAAGUUGACUGUAAGAUUCUAACAUGAAACGGCAAAUGUUUACAAGAAGAUUCCCUGAUAUCAGUUAAUAAGUCCAAGUACUGGUUAGAAAUGUACAGCGCUUGCUGUAAAAUUAUUUAUAUUUGUAGAGAAGAAAGUGUGGAACACAAGCUGAGACAGUACAUCGCACAAUGAAUGUGGAAAUCUAGUAAUAUAUGAACUGAGGAUGAAAUGGUAAUUUGCUCAUGGUGUAUCUGUUUAUAAUUUAUUUUUUUACUGUUAAUUAUGGCAAAUGUUUAAAAAAAAUAAUUCAACCCCUGAGGACUGGAUUGUGUACAAAGCUGAGUGAUGGUGUUCAGUUGUGCCCAGACUCUGGGAUUGCCCUUAGGUUGUUAUAUGUACUUAGGUUAAAUACUUGAUGAGAAAAUAUGUGGCAGAAUUAAGGGAGAAGUUGCCCAGGAUGCUUGAGGAUCAAACUAAUACUCCCUGCCAAUAAGUACUGCAUAUAAGUGGCUGCUAAAAUUUGAUUGGCUGUUGGAGACCUUUAUUCAUUUCUCUAAAUAUUAUUUUAAUGUUGACAUUGACUAAUGACCAUUGCCUGUUAGUCAAUAUGGGCAAUGGCCAAAAAAUAGCUGAAUUUUUUCUCUUUGACAUGAACAGUUUUUUAGCAACAAUUGCUAUUAUUUUAUUAUUAUUAUUAGUUUUUCAGAAAUGCUUCUGGAAGCUACUGUAUAUUCAUUCAAAUUUAUAUUCAUAGGUUUUUAAAUGAAGAGCAUAAUGACCAGCAAUUCGCAAAUGAGAGAUUUGUCAAGAUUUAGGGAUAUUAGGUAUAUUCAUGCUGUUUAGUCUGAGGGGAUCUAGCUCUCCCAGCUGAGCCUGGUUCCCCCAAGGUUAUUUUUCUCCAUAAACUAACAUCUUAUGGAGUUUUGUGCUCCUUGCCACAGUCACCUUUGGAUUGCUCACUAGGGGGGUCUAAAGACAAAUGGUAUUUUUAAUGGAUAAUCUACAGUCACAGUGAUGAUAAAGACAUUACAGAAAUUACAGCUUUGCUUUCUGUUACAGCAUAGUUUUCUGUAAAGCUGCUUUGAAGUGGUGUUGUUAAAAAUGCUAUAUAAAUAAAAAUGAUUUGAUUUGGUACCAUGGUGAUAAAGGCAAAUUACUAAAUUUGCCAUUUAGGGAAGUGUGGUUUUUUUUUUCCUGGUCACAAAUAUAUAUAUAGAGAGAAUAUUGGCAAAUAAAGAA